CUCGUCUUCUCUUUAGGUACAAUUUGAAGACGAAUCCAUCUCUCUCUCUCUGAUUGUUCUCUAGCUCAACGAACUAUCGAUUCAUCGCUCAAUUCCAUCUCCUGGAUAUUCGAAUCCCGAGCCUUAGCAUCUCCGAUUCAACCAAACCACACCUCUGUACGAUGGCGGCAGCGAUGAAGCCCUUCAGAGGACGCGAAUCCGACGAUUCCGGCUUCACAUCGAACAAUCUAUGGGUGGGCAGCAUCACGAUGGAUACGACGGAGUCAGAUCUGACGGAAUUAUUCGGAAGGUUCGGCGACAUCGACAGAAUCACGGCCUAUUCGUCCCGCGGAUUCGCGUUUAUAUACUACCGACACGUGGAGGAAGCGGUGGCGGCGAAGGAGGCGCUACAGGGGACGAAUCUGAACGGGGGACUGUUGAAGAUCCAAUACGCGCGACCGGCAAAGCCUUGUAAGAGUCUUUGGGUGGGAGGAAUCAGCUCGAGUGUCUCAAAGGAUGACCUGGAGGAAGAGUUCAGUAAAUUUGGAAAAAUCGAGGAUCUUAGGUUCCUCAGGGAACGCAAGACAGCUUUCAUUGAUUACUACGACAUUGACGCUGCCUUGCAGGCAAGGAACAUGAACGGCCAGCGAAUGGGUGGUAGCUACCUCCGCGUUGAUUUUCUCCGCUCACAAGCCCCAAGAAAAGAACAAUGGGCUGGCUCUUACGAUAACAGGAAUGGCAAUGUGAUGAAUCACAAACCUCAGUAUCCUCACUCACAUGAGGAUCCCAGAGGAGACGACCAGCCAAGUAAAGUUCUGUGGAUUGGAUACCCUCCUUCUGUUCAGAUAGAUGAGCAAAUGCUACACAACGCAAUGAUACUCUUCGGUGAGAUCGAGAGGAAGAAAAGUUACCCGUCUAGGCAUUUCUCACUUGUGGAGUUUAGGAGCGUGGACGAAGCUCGCCAAGCCAAGGAAGGGCUGCAGGGGAGGUUAUUCAAAGAUCCUAGAAUCACAAUCAUGUACUCGAACGAUGAGAUACCUCCUGAGCAAGAUGAUAAUAGUUUUUAUUCUGGUGUGAAACGUUCAAGGCCAGAAUACAAUGACGUUAUUGGCAUGGAGCCAAACUGGAGGAGGCCAUCUCCUAAUGGAACUGGGAUACUUCCAUCACCAGCAGGACAUGGAAUCCUCCCGUCUCCUGGACAAGGCAUGAGGAACCACCCUAUGAGGUCCAACCCCGGUUCUUGGGAAGGAUAUGAUCCUACUCUGAUGGACAGAGAAAACAAACGAACCAGAAGAGAUGGAUCGGAGGACGGUUUUACUCCAAUGGGUGUAGUAGAUGAGAGGUCGUUUGGGCGUGGCUCAGUUGCUGCUAGGCCGCCUAUCCGUGGCUACGGUGAUUCUGAUUACAUUUGGAGAGGAAUGAUUGCAAAGGGUGGGACUCCCGUCUGUUGUGCUCGUUGUGUACCUAUUGGAAAAGGGAUCGAGACUAAGCUCCCUGAGGUGGUGAAUUGUUCAGCAAGAACUGGCUUGGACAUGCUCGCCAAGCACUACACUGAAGCCAUUGGAUUUGAGAUUGUUUACUUCUUACCAGACAGUGAAGAAGAUUUUGCGUCUUACACUGAGUUUCUCCGCUACCUCGGUUCAAAAGAUCGAGCGGGGGUUGCCAAAUUAGACGACGGAACUACUUUGUUCUUGGUGCCUCCAUCUGAUUUCUUAACUGACGUACUCAAAGUGACCGGUCCUGAGCGGCUGUACGGCGUUGUUCUCAAGCUGCCCCCACCAGCCGCUCCUGUUGCAGCAUCGUACAGACAAGAGUCUCAGUCGAAUCCUCUGUCUUAUAUGGAUCAGUCCCGGGAUUCACCUGCCAAUACCGGUCACAGCUUUUAUCCUCCGAGGGGUGCUGCUGCACCAGAACAGUCGAGACCAUCGGUUAGCGAGCCUCUCAGGUUACCUAACAAUGCUGCGUCUCAAGCUGGGGUUAGUUUAACCCCGGAGCUUUUAGCUACUCUGGCGUCUUUUCUCCCUGCAACUUCUUCUCAAUCUGCUGCUCCUGAGAGUCACCAAACUAUGUCAGUUGCUUCCACUGUGCCUCACUACAAUGGAGAAGCACCGUCUUCUCAAGCUUGGAAUAGAGAUCCGCAAAAUUAUGGAAAUCAGUACAAUCCAGCUGGACAACUACCUCCUCCUCCGCCUCCGCGUUACGCUCCGGCUUCAAACAACUCCAAUCCCAACUACUCCAGUGGAAUGGUCCAUAGCAACAUGCAGUACCAAGGCCAAUCUGUUAACAUGCCCCAGAUGACUCAUAAUAACUACGCCAUGUACAAUCAGGGUUCCUCAAAUCAUCCUGUUUCUCAGCCUAUGACGCAGCAGUACCAGCCAGAAGGUUCAGUACCAAGCCAAAACUAUGGUCCGGUUCCAAGUUAUCAGCAAGGUAACUAUCAUGGUGUAGCAACGAAUCAGGCGCAUAACUUAAAUCAUUCCCAAUAUCAAGCUGCCAUGCAACCACCACCAGCCGACAUGUCGAACUUAGAGCCACAAAGCCAACCUAUGCUCUCUGGGGCUGGACAGGGUACAACAGAUGGGGAGAAGGACGAAAGGUACCAGAAGACACUGCAGUUCGCAGCAAGCCUUCUCCAACAGAUUAAACAGAAUCAGCAGCAACCGCCUUCAGGUUCUCCGGCUGGACAGCGGCCUUGAAACUAAGCUCCACCUCGCUAUCAUAAUCUGUAAGGUGGUGAUUUGAAAAGCCCCCGUUGAGCAUGCUACAACAUACCCGAGCAAGAGAGAGUUUUUUUUGUAAGAUGCUCAAGUGUCCAAGCCAGAUUAGGUCCUGCUACCGCAACCAAUCGCUCCUAGCUCGUCUUUGUUUUUUUCUUCAUUGGUUUGUGAUAUUUGGAAGAAAAGGCUGUGUAAAAUUAAUGUGAUUUUGGAUCUUUUAUAUACUUUUUUCCGAAUUAGUUUUCUGUUGUUUCAAUAAAACAAAUCUUCCGCAUGA